AUGUCUGGUGAUGCCAAAACCGCGCAGGGAGUAGUUAGAUUCUUUAAUGACGACAAAGGAUACGGUUUUAUAUGUAUAGAUCAAGAAAAUAAUACGGAUGUUUUCGUUCACCAUAGCACAAUUGAUAUGAAAGGCCGAAGGACGCUUAUACAAGACCAGCCAUGCGAAGUUGAGUAUUACAGCGAAGAGAGGGGGCUGAAGGCGAAGUCUGUGAGACCAGACUUGAAAUGGGCAUUGGAAAACAAGGACAAAGGCGACUAUGGUGAUGAUAGACGGGGCGGUGGUGGCUACGGUGGAGGAGGUAGAAACAACGAUCGUGGGUAUGGAGGUGGCCGCAACGAUGGAUAUGGUGGGGGUGAUAGAUAUGAUGGUGGUGGUGGCGGAUAUCGCAGUGGUUAUGGAGGAGGCGGCGGUGGCGGGUAUGGUGGUGGAAGAGGCGGAUAUGGUGGUGGAGGGGGUGGAUACCACGGUGGUGGAGGUGGAUAUAGCCACCAUUAG